AUGGACAACGCCUUCGACUGGAUCGUGCAGCGGAACAACGGCGUUGUGUACACGGAGGAGAGCUACCCCUACGUGUCGGGCGGUGGCCAGGCGCCGGUGUGCAGGAUGUCCGACCGCACGGCGGGCGCCGUCAUCACCGGCCACGUUGACUUGCCGCAGGACGAGGACAAAAUGGCCGCCUGGCUUGCUGCCCACGGCCCGCUCGCCAUUGCCGUCGACGCCACCAGCUUCAUGUCCUACACGGGCGGUGUCGUGACGAACUGCUUCGCCGACCAGCUGAACCACGGCGUCGUGCUCGUCGGCUACAACGACAGCAGCGACCCGCCGUACUGGAUCGUGAAGAACUCGUGGGGCGCGGUCUGGGGCGAGGAGGGCUACAUCCGCCUGCAAAAGGGCACGAACCAGUGCCUCGUGAAGGAGUACCCCUGCUCGGCGGUGGUAGUGUGUGCGAUUGUAAUGGUUUUUUGUUUAGCGUUGUAA